AUGGCUUCACUGUACCAGCGGUUCAGCGGGAAGAUCAACACCUCCCGCUCUUUCCCCGUUCCCCCCGAAGCGAGUCACCUCCUGGGCGCCCAGAGCAGCGAGGAGGACGGCGCUGCCGGCAAGACCUCGCGUCCAUUGCAACAGGAAAGCAGCCGGCCCCGCUUCCAGUACCAGCCGCGAAGUGACUGCGAGGAGGAGGAUGAGCUGGUGGGGAGUAAUCCUCCACAAAGAAACUGGAAAGGAAUUGCAAUUGCCUUACUUGUUAUUCUCGUUAUCUGCUCCCUGAUUGUCACCUCUGUUAUACUCCUGACACCAGUUGAAGAUAACAGCUUGUCUCAGAAGAAGAAGAUAACAGUGGAAGAUCUCUUCAGUGAUGAUUUCAAAAUUCAUGACCCAGAGGCUAAAUGGAUAACUGAUAAUGAAUUCAUUUAUAGAAACCAGAAUGGCACAGUGAUUCUGAGGAAUGUCGAAACUAACAAUUCAACAAUAUUAAUAGAAAACAAAAAAAUUGUCUCCUUAAAGGCUAUUCGAUAUGAAGUAUCACCUGACCGGGAAUAUGCACUUUUUGCUUUUAAUGUUGAACCAGUGUAUCAGCAUUCAUAUACGGCAUAUUAUGUCCUCAGCAAAAUACCUCAUGGGGAUCCCCAGAAUUUGUAUCCCCCUGAGGUCAGCAAUGCAAAGCUUCAGUAUGCUGGUUGGGGUCCAAAAGGGCAACAGCUGAUAUUUAUCUUUGAGAAUAACAUCUAUUACUGUGCCCAUGUGGGGAAACAAGCCAUCCGAGUGGUCUCCACAGGAAAGGAAGGUGUUAUUUUCAAUGGGCUCAGCGACUGGCUGUACGAAGAGGAGAUCUUGAAGACUCAUAUUGCUCAUUGGUGGUCUCCUGAUGGCACCAGGUUAGCAUAUGCAACAAUUAAUGCCUCCAGAGUCCCCACCAUGGAGAUCCCAGUAUACACUGGCAGCCUUUACCCUGCUGUUAAAACGUAUCAUUAUCCAAAGGCUGGAAUGGAAAAUCCAACUAUUUCUUUGCAUGUGAUUGGUCUGAACGGACCUACCCAUGACCUGGAAAUGACUCCCCCAGAUGAUCAGAGAAUGAGGGACUACUACAUAACCAUGGUGAAAUGGGCAACCAGCACCAAGGUGGCAGUAAACUGGCUGAACAGGGCCCAGAACGUGUCUAUCCUGACGCUCUGCGACGCCACCACGGGAGUCUGCACAAAGAAACAUGAAGAUGAAAGUGAAGGCUGGCUGCACAGACAGAAUGAAGAGCCGAUUUUUUCCAAGGACGGUCGGAAGUUUUUCUUUGUCCGAGCCAUUCCCCAGGGAGGACGCGGGAAGUUCUACCACAUCGCCAUGUCGUCAUCACAGCCCAACAGUAGCAGUGACAACUUACAGUCUAUUACAUCUGGUGACUGGGAUGUGACAAAGAUAUUGGCAUACGAUGAAAAGAGGCACAAAAUUUAUUUCCACAGCACAGAAGAUUUGCCAAGGAGGCGACAUUUAUACAGCGCAAGCACAAAUGGAAACUUCAACAGGCGGUGUCUGUCUUGUGAUCUGAUCGAAAACUGCACUUAUUUCAGUGCAGCCUUCAGUCACAAUCUGGAAUACUUCCUACUGACAUGUGAAGGUCCCCGAGUCCCGAUGGUGACUGUUCACAACACAACCGAUGCACAGAAAAUUUUUGAGCUGGAGGUAAAUGAAAAUGUGCAGCUGACUGUAAAUGACAGGCAAAUGCCUAAGGUAGAAUACAUGGAAAUCAAGAUAGAUGAUUACAAAUUGCCAAUGCAGAUCUUAAAGCCAGCAACCUUUUCGGACACCACGCACUACCCCUUGCUUUUGGUUGUAGAUGGGACGCCUGGCAGCCAGAUCGUAACAGAGAGAUUUGAGGUGACAUGGGAAAGCGUCAUGGUCAGCUCUCACAACGCCAUCGUGCUGAAGUUCGACGGCCGUGGGAGUGGCUUCCAAGGCACUAAGCUAUUGCACGAGGUUAAGAGGAGACUGGGCCUUUUGGAAGAGAAGGAUCAGUUGGAAGCUGUCCGGACAAUGCUGAAGGAGCAUUACAUUGAUAAAAUGCGAGUCGGUGUGUUUGGGAAGGAUUACGGCGGCUACCUGAGCACUUACAUGCUUCCAGCCGGUGAAGAGAACCAGGUGUUUGCCUGUGGAGCUGCUCUUUCCCCACUGACAGACUUCAAACUAUAUGCUUCAGCCUUUUCUGAAAGAUACUUGGGCUUGCAUGGGAUUGAUAACAGAGCAUACGAGAUCACCAAAUUAGCACACAGAGUCUCAUUACUGAAGGAACAGACAUUUUUGAUCAUUCAUGCUACCGCUGAUGAAAAAAUCCAUUUUCAGCAUACUGCGGACCUUAUCACACACCUAAUUAGGGCAAAGGCUAAUUACAGCUUGCAGAUUUACCCCGAUGAAAGCCAUUACUUUAGCAAUGCAGCACUGGAGCAGCAUUUGUACAACUCCAUUGUCAACUUCUUUGUGGCGUGUUUCCAAGUUGAGGACAAACUCCCGAUAGCCCCACUGAAAGAGGAGGAGGAUGACGAUUAACCCUACUUGUCCGUGCCAAGCACAAGGCAGAUCUCUCUAACAAUAUGCAACUGGAUCAUUUUCCUGAAGAAAGAGAUGUUACGUUGUUAGCAUGUAUUUAAAGAAAACUGAAAGCAGCUCAUCUGCUUUACUUGACAGCAACUCCUUCCUAAAUGGAAGAACAUUAAGCAUGGUGAACUCAGCAGAAACUGCUGUCUGAAAUGAAUCCAUCACAACCAAUAUCUUCUUUUUCUUUGUUGUUUUUUUCCUUUUUUUUCUUUCUUUUCUUAUUUGCCACAAAGUGACUUCUAUUGUGAAAGUGGUAAGACAUUGAACUUGAAGGAACACCCCAAGAAACCGCUUUGAGGACUGGAAGAUAUAAUGUCUCUUUGCAUUCAAGCCAUCAAGCAGUAGCAGUGAAAUUGGUCAUCCAUAUUAAGGUUACUAUAGUUAGCAUCACACUGUCAGAAAAAAAUCUAACCUAAUACAUGGACAAGAUUAUAGCACAAUUAUUUUAAAGGAUACUGAUUCUUACAUACUUGCCUGCUCUUUCCCAUGUUCAGAAGGUUCAUCAUUGCUACAGGACAUACAAAUUCAAUUGUAUGAAAUAUCGCUAUAGUUACACCGAUCUUUACCUUCCUGUAAUUAUUUCUUUAUUUUGUAUGGCUUUUACUUCUGUUUUCACUGGGUCUCAUGCUUACCUUAUUAGCUUCUCAGCUUGUUCUGAUGGGGAUAGGGAAAAAACAUACACUGAAUUAACCAACUCACUUUAGACCUUAGGGGUCUAAAGAGGCAAAGGGGGUCGAGUUACCCAGACAUAAAAAAUUUGUCAGAAUAAAGCAAAGGAAAACUCACUCUCAUGUUCCCAGCAUAGCCUUUGCCUGCAAGAUUGAGUAUUUUCUUCGGCAGCCUUGAAAAAUAUGCACAUAAAUAAGCUAAACCAGCUUAACAUUGAGAUAUUUUUAUUGUACUAUAGAAAAAUAUGCGACGGUCACGAUUAUACUUUUUCUUCUUUUAGUGUUGGAACAAUUGGUUGGCAGCCUGUUGGGGAGCGGCUAGAUGAGGCUAUGGUAGCAGGAAUUUGUACCAGAUACUUCACAGAUCAUCUCAUAAAGCCAUUUAAACAGAACCAAUGUGCAGAGAUUUAUUGCACAUGCUGUCUGUGGCUUAGCUGUAUUCCAGGUCAACGAUUAGCACAUUCCAAACACGUUUAAGUAUCUCUU